GAAUGCCCGGGGGCUUCCCUAAGCCCCGAGGGUGGGAAGCAGAGCCUGGGCCCGGAAAGGACGCGCCGGCCUGGGGGGGGGCGCGGCGGCCCGGCCGGGAGAGUGUCGUGUCCCGAGCAGGCCUCAGGGCGGCACUCUGGCCCUGCGGCCGGCGUGCUCGGGCCGGCAGCUGGGCGCCGACCUACGCUGGCCGGGAACGUGUCUCCCGGUGACGCAGCCCCGGGUGGAGAACGUGGUGCGGCGGCAGCGACGGUACGCCCCUCCGCCGUCCGCGAGAGAACGUGCGGUGCAGCGGUAGGCGGCGACGGCGCCGGACCGGGAGCGGCCGGCGGGCGCCGGGAAGCAGGACGCUGGCGCCGGCGAGGAAGUAGGUCCCGGGCGCGGCGCUCAACAAAGAGUGGAGCCGCCCCCCUCAGGCGGAGCUGCGGGCAGAGGCUCCAUGUUAGGAAGCGGCGCCGCUCGUCCUUGUUAGCGGGAAUCGGGGCGCCGCGGGCAGAGCCGGCGGGAGCCGGGCCCUGUGCGAAUAUGGAGGCCCCUAUGCGGCCUGGCGCGGACAUCCUGAGGCGGAACCCGCAGCAGGACUACGAGCUCGUUCAGAGGGUCGGCAGCGGCACCUACGGGGACGUCUAUAAGGCCAGAAAUAUACAUACGGGAGAGCUGGCUGCAGUAAAAAUUAUCAAAUUGGAGCCUGGAGAUGAUUUUUCUUUGAUUCAGCAAGAGAUAUUUAUGGUUAAAGAAUGUAAGCAUUGCAACAUUGUUGCCUACUUUGGGAGCUAUCUCAGUCGGGAAAAACUGUGGAUUUGUAUGGAAUACUGUGGUGGCGGAUCACUUCAAGAUAUUUACCAUGUUACAGGACCAUUAUCAGAAUUGCAAAUAGCCUAUGUAUGCAGAGAAACUUUACAGGGUCUUGCAUAUUUGCAUACUAAAGGCAAAAUGCAUAGAGAUAUCAAGGGUGCAAAUAUUUUAUUAACAGAUCAUGGUGAUGUAAAAUUAGCUGACUUUGGUGUGGCUGCAAAAAUAACAGCUACCAUUGCCAAGAGAAAAUCUUUCAUUGGCACCCCUUAUUGGAUGGCCCCAGAAGUUGCAGCAGUAGAAAAGAAUGGUGGCUACAACCAACUCUGUGAUAUCUGGGCAGUAGGAAUAACAGCAAUUGAACUUGGAGAACUUCAGCCACCUAUGUUUGAUCUUCAUCCCAUGAGGGCCCUCUUCUUAAUGUCAAAAAGUAAUUUUCAGCCUCCGAAACUAAAGGACAAAACAAAAUGGUCAUCAACAUUCCAUAAUUUUGUCAAAAUAGCACUAACCAAAAACCCCAAAAAAAGACCAACCGCUGAAAGACUUCUGACUCAUACAUUUGUAGGACAGCCAGGUCUCUCUAGGGCCCUAGCAGUUGAACUGUUGGACAAAGUGAAUAAUCCAGACAACCAUGCACAUUACACCGAAGGAGAUGAUGAUGACUUUGAGCCCCAUGCAAUCAUUCGUCAUACCAUUAGAUCUACGAACAGGAAUGCCAGAGCUGAACGGACAGCUUCAGAAAUAAAUUUUGACAAAUUACAAUUUGAGCCUCCUCUGAGAAAAGAAACAGAAGCACGGGAUGAAAUGGGAGUGUCUUCAGACCCAAACUUUCUGUUACGGUGGAAUCCUUUUGUUGAUGGUGCAAAUACUGGCAAAUCAACCUCAAAACGUGCAAUACCACCUCCCCUACCUCCUAAGCCAAGGAUAAACAGUUACCCUGAAGACAACCUCCCAGAUGAAGAAAAAUCAUCAACUGUAAAACGUUGUCCUGAUUCAGAGAACAGAGCUCCCCAAGUUCUCAGAAGACAGAGUAGCCCAAGUUGUGGUCCUGUAGCUGAGACUUCCUCUAUUGGAAAUGGUGAUGGUAUUUCAAAGCUGAUGAGUGAAAACACAGAAGGAUCAGCGCAAGCACCACAGUUACCACGAAAAAAGGACAAGCGAGAUUUCCCUAAACCAGUAAUCAAUGGCCUCCCACCCACCCCAAAAGUGCUGAUGGGAGCAUGUUUUUCCAAAGUUUUUGAUGGCUGUCCUUUGAAAAUUAAUUGUGCAACAUCCUGGAUACAUCCUGAUACAAAAGAUCAGUACAUUAUUUUUGGAACUGAAGAUGGUAUUUAUACAUUGAAUCUCAAUGAACUACAUGAGGCAACGAUGGAACAGUUAUUUCCACGGAAAUGUACUUGGCUCUAUGUCAUCAAUAAUACUUUAAUGUCAUUGUCAGAAGGAAAAACCUUUCAACUCUACUCUCAUAAUCUUAUAGCUUUGUUUGAACAAGCCAAAAAACCAGGACUAGCUGCCCAUAUUCAAACUCAUAGGUUUCCAGACCGCAUACUACCAAGAAAGUUCGCUUUAACAACAAAGAUUCCUGAUACAAAAGGCUGCCACAAAUGUUGCAUAGUCAGAAACCCUUACACAGGACAUAAAUACCUCUGUGGAGCUUUACAGUCUGGAAUUGUUUUACUUCAGUGGUAUGAGCCAAUGCAGAAAUUCAUGUUAAUAAAGCACUUUGAUUUUCCUUUGCCAAGUCCUUUGAAUGUGUUUGAAAUGCUGGUAAUACCAGAACAGGAAUACCCUAUGGUCUGUGUAGCUAUUAGCAAGGGCACCGAAUUAAAUCAGGUAGUUCAGUUUGAGACAAUCAAUUUGAACUCUGCAUCUUCAUGGUUUACAGAAAUUGGUGGAGGCAGCCAACAGUUAGAUUCCAUUCAUGUAACACAGCUGGAGAGAGAUACUGUUUUAGUGUGUUUAGACAAAUUUGUAAAAAUUGUAAAUCUACAAGGAAAACUAAAAUCAAGUAAGAAACUGGCCUCUGAGCUAAGUUUUGAUUUUCGCAUUGAAUCUGUAGUAUGCCUUCAAGACAGUGUGUUGGCUUUCUGGAAACAUGGAAUGCAGGGUAAAAGCUUCAAAUCAGAUGAGGUUACCCAGGAGAUUUCAGAUGAAACAAGAGUUUUCCGCUUAUUAGGAUCAGACAGGGUUGUUGUUUUGGAAAGUAGGCCAACAGAAAAUCCUACUGCACACAGCAAUCUUUACAUCUUGGCUGGACAUGAAAAUAGUUACUAAGCAACAGAAACUGGUCUCAAAUGACAGGAAAAUGAAUACACUCCAUUGAAAGCAAAAAUAUCUUAAGGAAAUUCAGUACAAACUACACUAUGAUUUGCUUUAAUUGUUAUGGGUUAUAUCUCAAAUGAUCUGUACUUUAAGGUAGAAUUCAGUAUUUUCUGUAGCUGGAAACAGCUAUUCUAUCUCUUGCCACUAUGUGGUGGUUUUAUCAAGUUUGCUUAAUAAAAGCUAUGAGACAGAUAGUCCUCUAGUUCCAGGAAACACAGUCUUUUUAAAAAAAAUAAUGUUUGUAACAAGGAUGCCAUGGUAUUUUUAGAUAACAGCUUAUGUGAUUAUCUUCAGAGAGGUAAAUUUAGUGACAGUUUUCUCAUUUUAUACCAUGUUUUAUUCCUUCUUAAUGAACAUAAUUUGAUAAAGAAAUUAUCAGGUAAGCCUUUCACUUUUACAUUGGCCAUUCUGUAUGUUUUUGUAAAAUAGAAUAUUUAAUCCUUAUUUAUUAAUCUCUUGCUGGAGUGGUGUAAUGUAUCUAACUUUUAGUAAUGGAAGGUUGCAGAGCAGCUUAAAUUUUUUUAUAAUAUAUAAAAAUUUUGUUUACCUUUUCAGACUAGUACUUUGAGGGUUUAAAGGCUGUGUUUGGAGGUUCAAUACAUACAUGCAAUAUUAUUUAACACAAGUAUUUUGUAAUAUAAUAUCAUCCAGAAUUGCCUUAAAAGAGAGUUUUGUGUUUUCAACUACAUAUAAUUGUAGGGGUUCAUACAGAAGAUAAUGAUGAUGGUUGAAAUAUUAUUAGAAGGAGUGUGUAUUUCUAGAUGUGACUACCGUGUGUAUGUAUUCUUGACAAGCAGUAUAAUAUACCUGUGAUUUUUUUUUUUACAUUAGGGAUAAUGCAUAAGAAAUUAAUCUUCAUAUAUAUUAUCAUCCCUAAUGUAGGGGGGAAAAGUGUUUAACUGCCCGUGAUAUGUAUUUUACUUAUAGUAUACCAGAGGGGAAACUGUAAAGCAACUACAUGUGUAUUCUUGGGUUUUUCACAUAUAUAGAUCCUCAUUUUUAGUAGGUUUUAAAAAAAAAUCUUUAAAUGAAAUUUAAUUCCUGAUGGGGUAGUAUAAAUAAGUAUUAUAAAAAUCAGUAUUCUAAAGAUAAGUAAGGAUUGGGCCAUUUUUGAGUUUUCUUCCUUUCUGCUAUUGUUAGUAUUCAAAAUGAAAGCAUCACACUGGUACCUAUUGUCUUAAUGCAUGUAACAGUUAUUGUUGAGAUGAUGAACAAGGGGAUGGCAAGAGCAGACUACAGAUUCAUUUUCAGCAGUUCCUUGAGAGGAAGACAGUGUAACUAUCUCAUUCGGUCUUUAGCAGUCCUGUAUAGUAGGUAUUAUCAUCAUCUCCUUUUUUCAGAUGAGGAGAUAAGGGGUUAGCAAGGUUAAGAGACUUAACCCAAUUCACACAGCAAGUUAGUGGUUGAGCCAGACUAUGAGUCUUGUGACUCUGUUCUUUUCACUAUGCAAUAUGCAAACAAUAAAAUAUUAUGCAAAUGAAAUAUAUAAA